AUGUUCACCCCAACCACCCUCCUCCCCCUUCUCGCCUCCUCAGCGCUGGCGCUGCCCGCCCUCACCACUCGCGCCCAAACGCAAGCCUCCACCUCCCUCUGCGGCGACUACGACUACAUCAUCCUCCAGGACUCGCCAUGGAUCGUGUACAACAUGCUCUACAACGCCGACGAGAUCGUCGGUACCCAGUGCACUGACUACGGCGAGAUGACCACCUCCACGAACGGCACGAAGGAGGUCGUUUGGAGUAGUGUGACUGAUAUUGAAUAUGUGGAGAGCACCAACAAUGUCCCUAAGGGCUACUCCUUCGUCGGACUAACCCAGAACCUGGAGACCAAGAUCUCGGCCAUCGACUCCAUCCCUGCGGAAUAUACCUGGUCGAGGACGAAUUCUACUGCCUUCAAGGGCAACGUCUGCUUCGACUUCAUCACCUCCCCCACAAAGGGCGACUCCACCUCCACCUCCGCCCACGAACUCAUGCUCUGGCUACAAUACGAAGGUGGACAGCUCCCUAUCGGCUGGACCAACGGGGCCGUCGCCACGAUUGAUAACCUCUUCGGCACGUCCUGGAAGCUGUACGAGGAUGUGAAUGAGGAUUCGGGCGUUACUGUGAGCUCGCUGUUGCCUGAUACCCAGUUCGAGGGCUCCUUUGAAGGUGAUCUCAAGGAGUGGUUGUUGGAGUUGGUGCAGUUGGGCAAGUUUACGAAGGAGGCGUAUGUUAAUGUUGGGAAUGGAGGUACUGAGUUCUUUUACGGUAACUCGGUUAUGAAUGCUACCUUGGGAUUGCAGAUUAACCUGGAUUAA